UAAGAGUCUGACGGGGAAGUGGAGAGGAGAUGGAUGUUCUUUUCUGUUCAGAUGGAGGAUCCCUGACGGUCAGAUGAAGACAGAAGAAAGUUCUGCGGAUUGAGCCGCUCUGUCUUUGUGGUUUUAGAUCUUUUCUGUUUCAGUUGGAGGAGCUCGCUGAAGCAGGGGAUGAUGGGAAACAAGACCAGUCAAAGAGUUCCUGAUAGAUCAGACCACGGUAGGAUUCAACACAACGUCUCUGAGGCAGAACUUUGUCUCCAAACAGUCAGAGUUUAUUCCAGCAAAGAUAAGAGACGAUGAUGAGUAUCUGGAACAAAGAGGGCGGACACACACACACACACACACACACACACACAGUUAUACACACACACACAGACACACACACACACACACACACACACAGGCGUGUACUCACCUGUUGAACCAGUUUUUACGCCGGUCUAUCAGACGAGCUUCAGCGAGUCUCUAAAUUCUCUGUUUCAUCUUUCGUAAACCUCGAUGUAAAUAUGUGCAAACCAGAACACCACCCUUGAAAUCCACCCUUGAAUAAACUGUGUAGUUCAAUGGACAAAGAGUUGUCAGAACACAGACACCGGACUCUAAGUUCUUGAUGUUUUGACCCGGUUACGAGAGUGCAGGGCUCAAGGUUUUUCACGGACACCAGUUUGAGUUUAAGAGGUUUUUCUGUGAAGCUGGUUCAAAGCUGAAAAUCAGUAACAGCUCGUCUUCUUUAUUAGAAACUCAAAGGACAGUAUCAAGGAUCACCGCCCAGGAUGGAAGUGUUGCCUUCGCUCCUCAGAUCAGUGGAGUCCACGUACAGGGGAACGUGAAUAUGAAUGUAAACGGUAAAUGUUGAAAACUAUGGAGUCCGUGUUUGUGUGUUUUUCUUCACUCAUGGAAACGAGUCACUGAAAGGCUUUUAAAUGUUUGAUUAUCUCAGUCGAUAUUUCUCUUUCAGUGAACUCUUCCACUCCCCCAGAAGAUCCUGCUCCUCCGGAAAAUAAAGGUACCGUUUAUGUUUUUUCUUAAAGAGCCGCAUCGGUUUAAAAGUGCGUUCACACCAAACAUGAAUAAAUCAUCAUCGUCGUCAUCGUCUUCUUCUGCUUCAUCCGGGUCCGGGUCGCGGAGCUUCAGGAGGGAAGCCCAGACGGCCCUCACCCCGGCCACUUCCACCAGCUCCUCCUCCGGGGGGAUUCCCAGGCGCUCCCAGACCAGGAGAGAGAUAUAAUCCCUCCACCUGGUCCUGGGCCGACCACGAGAUCUCCCCAUCCCCAUCUCUAAGGCUGAGCCCGGACACCCUGAGGAGGAAACCCAUUUCAGCCGCUUGUAUCUGCGAUCUUGUUCUUUCGGUCAUUACCCAAAGUUCAUGACCAUAGGUGAGGAUCGGCACGUAGAUCGACCGGUAAAUCCAGAGUCUCUCCUUACGGCUCAGCUCUUUCUUCACCACCACUGAUCGGUUAAACGUCUUCAUCACUGCUGACGCCGCUCUGAUCCGCCUGUCGAUCUCCCGCUCCAUCCUACCCACACUCAUGAACAAGAUCCUGAGAUACUUGAACUCCUCCACCUGAGACAGGACCGCCCCUCUGACCUGGAGAAGGUGAUCUACCUUUUUCUGACUGAGGACCAUGACCUCGGACUUGGAGGUUCUGAUUCUCAUCCCAGCCGUGAACCGCCCCAACAAGAGCUGAAGGUCACUGCUCAACGAACUGGACAUCCUCCACCCCCCCGGCUGCGCCUUAAAAAUUCUGUCCAUAAAGGUUCUGAACAGAACCGGUGACAAAGGGCAGCCUUGGAGGAGUCCAACUCUCACUGGAAACGAGUCCGACUCACAGCCGGCUACACGGACCGAGCUCGUGCUCCUUUGGUAAAGGGACUGGACGGCCCUCAAUAAGGAACCAUCUACCCCAUACUCCAGGAGCACCCCCCACAGGAUUCCCCUAGGGACACGGUCGUAGGCCUUCUCUAAGUCCACAGUUUCCCCCUCAGCUCCUCCUCUCCCCUCAAGCCCCGCCCACAAACAGACGCUCCUGCUCGCUCGUAUCGUUCCAGUUAAAUUCAGAUAUAAUGCAGAUAAAUCCUUCAGAUCAUUACAAAUGGGGCCCAGUCAAGGUGAAAGUCAAAAGCAUUGGUGCUACUGUAGAUGCCAACAGACUACCAGCAAACACAAUGUUUGCAGGACUUCUACAACGAGGAUAAAGUGACAUAGUCCAGGACCCGAGGGAGGACAGUUUAGCGAUGGCGCUACAACACGCUACAGCAGGUCCGUUUGACAAGAAACACUUCUGUUACAGACACUUGUCUUACUUUGUUAAAGCGGUUUACCUGUCCAGCAGAAAGGUUACAGGGUCACCAAGAUCCCCAAGCGUCCCCCAUGGUUUAUGUUGACCCGGCUUUUUAGCUCUUGUCCGGUCUACCUCCGUUUUAAGCGCCCGUUAUUCCUCCAGAGUCUCCGGUAUUUACUUUGUUUUCUUGCUUGUGUCGGCAGUCGUGGCCAAAGGAGGAUUCGGACAAUUUUCCGAACUUUCUGGUUGGUUUCUACUGUCCGAUAUUGUAGCACGCUAACUUUGUUUGGGCUCCUGAACGACACUGGGGAGCAGCGUCUGCCUCACAACCAAUCAGGUUAGAGGAGGUGGAGAACGGCUUUGUUUACAGUCAGAAAGAGCGGACCGCUCAAAAAUGUUCAAAUGUUGACGACACAGACAGAAGAGAACACAGAGAUAUCGAUAUAUUACCAAAUAAUCAAUAACUAAUAACUAUUGACUGAUAUUAGAAGAUUAUUUGUAUUAAAACCACAAAAUAAAAAGAUGCUUCUUUAACGGGUUCCGGCCGACCCCACCUUUAAGUGAGUAGAUAUUUUUAUUCAUGCUUGGUGUGAACUCAGUGUUAGCCUUCAAAUAUCUGAUCGAUGGCGCUCAAGAUCACACAGAUCCAUCCAAAGAAUUCCCACCAAAACCAAGUCCCCAUCAAAUCUGGUUCUGGUACAUUCAGGGUCUGGUUAUGUGGUUUUGUUCUCAGACACUUGAACAGAUGCAGAACUUUCUAACUACAGUUUUAUUCAUCUUCCAGAUUACAUCCCAAAGUGCCGAGCGUCACUAAAAUCUUUCCUCGACACUGAAACGAGGAACUUGUUUCAAGGCACAAAAGAUACCGGAUCAUCGUCUCCGUUAGACAAGAUCUACACUGAGCUGUACAUCACAGAAGGGGAGAGUGGGGGGGUCAACAGUGAACAUGAAGUGACUGAACUCCAGCGUCACAGAAGUUCAGGUGAGGAGAAGAAAAUCAUCCUCAAUGACAUUUUUAAACCUCUACCAGAUGAAGACGACCCGCCCCGGAUAGUCCUGACCAAGGGGAUCGCUGGCAUCGGAAAAACUGUCUCUGUGCGUAAAUUCACUCAGGACUGGGCGAGAGGGAAAGCCAACCAAACUAUCCAGUUUUUAUUUCCAUUCACAUUCAGAGAGUUGAAUUUAAGUCAAGAUAAAGAAUGGAGUCUCAUGGAGUUAAUUGGAGACAAUUUCGAUGAAGUGAAGGACUUGGAAGCUGCGGACUAUGAAGGUUUCGGUAUUUUAUUCAUUUUUGAUGGUUUGGAUGAAAGCAAACUCUCUCUGAACUUCAACAAACACAAAAUAUGUCGUAGUAUUACAGAGCCUACCACAGUGGAUGUCCUUCUGACCAACCUGAUCAGAGGUAAACUCCUGCAUCAAGCCUCAAUCUGGAUCACAGGUAGACCAGCGGCAUGCACAACGAUCCCCCCUGAAUUCAUCAACAGGGUGACCGAGGUACGAGGCUUUACCGAUGAGCAGAAAAAGGAGUACCUGCAAAAGCAGGUGAGAGACAAGAAGGUAGCCAAGAAGAUCUUAAAACAUCUACUUUCAAAGCCCCUCAGAAGUCUCUACAUCAUGUGCCACAUCCCCAUCUUUUGUUGGAUUUCAGGAACAACUCUUCAGAGUCUUCUGACAAAACCACAACCAGGUGAACUUCCCAAGACUCUGAGUGGAAUGUACACACACUUCCUGAUUGUUCAGACACAGAUUACCUGUGAGAAGGAUUAUGAUGGUCCUAAGACUGACAUGGAGCUGAUCAUGAAGCUGGGAAAGCUCGCUUUUGAACAACUGCGGGUGGGCAACAUGAUCUUUGAUGGGAAGGUCAUGGAAAAAUAUGACAUUGACCUGAAACAAGCAGCAGAUUAUUCAGGAGUUUGCACACAGAUCAUCAAAAAGGAAUAUGGUCUUCACAAACAAGAGAUGUACUGCUUCAUACAUCUGAGUGUCCAGGAAUUUCUGGCAGCUCUUUAUGUUUUGGAGACUUUCAUCUGUAGUGGAGAAAACGUCCUUCCCAGCAAGACGGAUGAGGAAAGGACAGAACCUUCAAUCCUCCUCCUCCACAGGGAUGCGGUGAAUAUGGCUUUGGACAGCAAGAAGGGACAGUGGGACUUGUUCUUACGUUUCCUGCUUGGUCUUUCUCAAGAUAACAACCAGAGGCUCAUUCAGAAAGUGUUUGGAUUUGAAGCAGGGGGUCCACGAAGCAACGAGGAGUCAAUCCAUUACAUCCAUCAGAGGAUCAGGAGACUGUCCUAUCAUGAGCAGAGAAUCAAUCUGUUCCACUGUUUGAAUGAGCUGGGGGACCAGACUCUUGUAAAGCAAGUCCAACAGUACCAGAACUCGGGAGAUGUUAGUAAACUCUUACCCCAACAUUGGUCGGCUCUGGCCUAUCUACUGCUGGUUUCAUAUGAAGACCUGGAUCUCUUUGACCUGAAGAAGUUCUCCAGAUCAGAGGAGGUUCUGGAGAGGCUGCUGCAUGUGUUCAAAGAAUCAAAGGUUGCUUUGUGAGUAUUUGACCUCAUUGAAAACCAGAUCCUCCAGAAGUCUCAGGUUGUGUUCUUCUCAACAGCUCUUCCUUCCCACUUCAGGUUGGAUGACUGUGGGCUCACUGACAGGAGCUGUCGGGACAUCUCAUCAGUCCUCAGCAGUGAGUCCUGUUCUCUGGUGGCCUUAGACCUUAGCAGAAACAAGUUUCGGGACACUGGAAUGGCACUGCUGGCUGAGGGUCUGCAAAGUCCCAACUGCAAACUCCAGAAGCUCGUGUAAGUGCAGCUGUUGUACUCUCCUACAGUUGACUAUGUUACAACCUUGAGAACAUCUGACGAUCAGUUCAACGAUUAAAGGUCUAGACUGAUAGAAACAUGUUAGCGAGCCACAGUGCUGACACACAGUUCUCAGUUCAUCGUUACCAUGGCAACUAACAGCUCCUCGUCACCAUGGAACUUCAUCAUCAUCAUCACUAAUGCCACGAAGACUUGGUCAAAGAGUGUCUCAGAAGCAGGACUGUGUUGGGGUUCAGGGUCUACAGAGGAGCAGAGCUGUGUCUAAGUGUUCCUGGAAGAGCUGAGUCUUCAGUUUUUACUCUGUCAGGUCGGUCUGAUCCUCCUGACGGUAUCGAUGACAAAUUAGUACGACCAAGCAAUCAUGGCCCUAAAGGGUUUGCUGGUCAUCCAUCAUGACACCCAGAUUCAGGUUUAGGGGGUGUCCAUAUAGAUUCUCAUUCAUCCAGGUCAUGGUUUUCUUGAAGACUCCAAAAACAGGCGACUAGACUGUGUCGAGUUGAGAAGACGUUUCUCCUCUUAUCCAAGAAGCUUUUUCAGUUCUAAAUAUUGCUGGUGUGAGGAGCAGAUAUUUAUCUUACUGGAGAAGGGGGACAGACAACGACUGGGACGAGUUAAAAGAAUGGGUCAUAGAAACCCAUCUGUGGGUGUGUCCCCGAGAGUCGUUAACCUGAAAGGGUCGUUAACGACUCCUCGCAGGAAGCUCCACGAACAUUCACACCUGGAAAAAGAGGAUUUCAUGUUCGAUAAUUAACAUUUAUCUGUUUAAAGCAGGACGGUAUAAAACGAUGUCUAAAAUGAGUUUGAUGUAGAAAAGACGACCACAAAGACCACAUUUGGAUGACAACUCGUCCCCAAAAGAAUGUUAUGUAGACGUCGAUAAAAGACGUUGUCUGGAGGAACAGUCUGCACCUUCAGCGACCUGAAUUGGUGUCGUUUAGACGUCUCUCUGCACAGUGAAAAGGUUCACCAGUAUUUGCUCUUAUUUUCGCCCCCAACAUUGACCCUUUUUUUUUCUUUUAGCUUAAGUGACUGUGGCGUGACGAAAGAGGGAUGUCAAUCUUUGGCCCGAGCUCUGACCUCUAACCCCUCACACCUGAGAGAGCUGGAUCUCAGCAAGAACAGAUUCUGCGAUGAAGGACUGGAGCCUCUCUCAGAGAUCCUCAACAGAUGUUCUUUGGAAACGCUGAGGUACCGUCCAGUUUGAUGAUCUGUUUUGUUAGCGGGCCUCGUCACCGACUGACUGGUUAAAACCCAGAAUCCUUUACAUGGCAGGAAAAGACCAUUUCAGCUGUUUGUUGGGGGGCCUGUCCACCCUAUCAGACCCCCAAGAGUCCUGUUAGUUGGUGGACUAGAGUACGUUGUAGAGUUAGUCCGAAGGGUUGGUGAUAGAGGAACGGUUCUGGACCCUGUCAAAUCUAAAGGGCCCAUCCUCUGAGGAGCAAGAAAGAGACAUCCUUGACUGUCUGUGAGAUUUUUCAGAACCCAGUUGGACUUUGCCCUGAAGUCCUUCUCGGGGGACCAUGACUCUCCUCUGCAAACUUCUCCAGUAUUUUAGAGCAUUUCUUCUGCACGCCUGGUAACCCAGUUUCUGUCCUCUCUGCAGGUUAUGUGGGUGUGGCAUUGCAGGAACUGCACCUUUAGGUAGAUUGUGGUGAGGAAACAGUCCCACUAGUUUAGGAGCUGUAAAGGUAUCGAACCCUCAGACCUUUGGAAACUGAGCAGAACUGAACAAACACUUUGAUUUCUGAACCUGAACCUGAACCUGAACCUGAACCUGAACCUGAACCCAGCUGAUUACUGGACUAACAGCUGAGGAAUGAGACACAUCAGAUGGAGGUUGUUGGAGGUCACUCCGCUCUGCUCUGGUUGGAGAUGUUCUGCUCGUUUCCUCCUGUGUCCCUUUCUUUCUUUUCUUCGGUUAUUCUGAUGAGGAUUUAGUUUGCUGGAAAGUUCUAAUGCCGACUGUAGAAUCUGGUCUCCUGCUGCACACGUCCAACCACCACCAGCAGAGAACUGGGUUGGCUUUCAGAGAGAGAAGUGUAGAAGUUUAGAAGGUCUGGAGCAGCUGGUAGAGAAAUAAAGAGGAACAGAGAUUUGAGUGAAAGGUUUCCUGAGCCCAGUUCUCACAAAACCAACAAACUUUAUGAUUUCUGAAACUGAAAAAACUUUUUUUUUUCUCUCAAAGUCUUUUCAACACAAACCUACGAGAAGAAACUGCUGCAGCUCUGGCUUCAGCUCUGAACCCUGCCCGCCUGAAGGAACUGGACCUGGGGGGGAAUGUUCUCGGUGAUGGUGGAGUGGAACAGAUUUCAGGUCUGCUGAGGAAUCCGGUCUGCAAAGUGGAAACGCUGAGGUGAGCCGUAACAGAAACGUGAGAAACAAGAUCCUGGAUAAUUCAGAAGAUACACUCCUGUUUUUAUGAAGGCCUUUUCCCUGUGGAUGUGGAUAUUUCUGUCUCUCCAGUUUUUACACUCUGCUUCAUGUCCGACCUCCAAAAACCAAAAUACCUCCACACCACCGACGUUUUCCUAACGCCAGUGUUGUGGUUGACAUUGAUGUGGUCAUCUGUUGAGCCUUCAUGGUCAUUUCUGUCGGGGGUAGCACUCAUUUUCUUUGUUUCUCACCAACAGUGCUGUCGGCUUCACCUGUUAAAGUGCUAUGGUUGGGUGGAGCUGCUGUCUGCUACGACGCUGCAGUUGGUUGAUACUUGGUUCUAAUUCAGAACAUGAUUGGUUCAGACCCGGAGACACGCCCCUUUUCAUUGGCUGUUCGUAUAGUCGACCAAAACAUGUCAGAAUGACGACUAUUGAAAAGCAUAUUGAUCGUGUUUUAUAUUGAUAUUGAGGGAAAUUAAUUCUUAAUAUUCCUUGUUAUCAUUUUAUCGCCCAGCCCUCUGCCAAGAUGGAAGGAGACCAGUUUAUGGUUGGUACUGUUCUGUAGGGAUUCCCUCUGAACUUGUUCUGCAGGGUCAGAAAUGGGGGUUCUGGUGGGAGCACAGUCAGUCUGUGGAGCCUGGCCCAUGUUGGGUGAAGGUCUGAAUCAUCAUGGCUGGAAAGUCAAGUUAGUUUUGGUGCAGGUGAAACCGGACCUGGAGGAUUCAGUGGGUCAGAAUCUCGUGUUCGAAGGUCUUUUCAUUCAGGUGGAACAUCUUCACCGAUAAUCAAACUCUUGUUUCUCCAUCAGACUGUCCGGCUGUCGGUUUUCACAGAGCGGCUGCGUUUCCCUGGCUUCUUCUCUGAAGUCCAACCCCGCCCACCUGAGAGUCCUGGAUCUGUCCAGGAACCAGCUCACAGAUGAGGGGGUCGGACACCUGUCUGAAGUGUGGUUUGAGCCGAGCUGUGAGCUGAGGACACUGAGGUGAGUCCGGUCUAAAGGACCAUCUGAUCCUCAUGGUUGUCUCUGUUACGGUAACACUCAACAGAAGAACUUUAUCUACAGCUGCGACACCUUCAGGGUCUUCGGAUCUCAGAGUACAUUCAAGGUUUUUGAAGGGUUCUGAACUCUGCUCAGAGGUCUUUGUUUUCGGGUCCAGACUUCAUGUUGGAUGUGUUCCUGAUAGUCUGGUUCCUGACACCCUCAGGCAGACCUGUGGUUGUCCGGUCCAUAAUUUGGUGUUUGAUGGUUUCCAGUCUGAGUUGCUGCUCACUCACAUCAGCCUGCUGCCCGUACCUGACGGACCUGAGACCAGCUGCCACCGGAGAGGUCAGACCCUGCCCAGCUCUCAAAGACCUCGACCUGAGCCACAACCUGCUGAAGGAUGAGGGGGUGGAGCUGCUUUGUGAUUGGCUGAGGAAAUCUUGUUGCUGUUUGGAGGUGCUGAGGUGAGGUUCUUGUGUGUUUUGGACUCACUGUUGGACCCAGUCAGCUGCAGCUGUUCGGGUCAGAACCUGUCCAUGGCGGGUUUUUUGUAUCUGAAGUUCAGUCCAGGUCUUUGAGGACUACUGUACCUGGUUUAUAGGAAGUCUUGGUCUGAGUGACUGUUUUUUUCUCUGUCAGGUUGUCUAGGGUGACGGACAGCAGCUGCAGGUCUCUGGCUUCGGCUCUUAAGUCCAACAUAUCACUGAAGGAGCUGGAUCUCAGUCAGACGGACCCAGAAGGGUCUGGUGUGAAGCUGCUGACUGACGUGCAGAGGGACGGUGGAGCUAAACUGCAGACUCUGACAGUGAGACAGUGAUCUGUCUCUAACCCCAACUUUCACCGUAUCUGGAACGGAUCCGAUCGAUUUUUCACCGUCUGCCAAUUCCUACCGGAUCUGUUUGUGAGGCAGAUUCACGUUCAGUCGUACGAUAACGAGUUGUCUCUAUAAAGACAGACACAUAGACAUAUAAGCAGUAGAUUGUGUCCUUCCAGAGGAGGAAAUCUACUUCUAGACUUCUAGAAUCAGCAUCUCCUCAUCCAUGGUGUCAUCGGGGUGAAAUGACGUCUAAAUACUUGAAAGCUUGAAUGGUUACGAUCAGCUGCGAUCGGCAGAUAGGACUACAUGAUCAGCAGCGUGGACUACAUGUCUCCACCUUCUCUGGUUGAGGGACCCAAAUAGACCAGACCGAGUGAAAAUGUCCCAGUUUUAGGUUUUCAGAGAGGACAAACCAGGAAGACAAGGAGGAAACGAUUUUUUCUAAGUUAGUUUGUUACAGAGAUUUUUAACGUGUUUGAAGAACUUCAGUCUCAGAGUAACUUAAUAAACUGUUUUUAUACAACCUAUAAAACGUGACGCUCUUCAUUGCUGACCACAGGACUCUGACAGAUUUAAUUUGUUAUUUCAUCGAAAAUAAAAAGCCGAGACGACAAAGAUGGGAUGAGAGAUUUCUGCUCAUUCGGAGUUUGACAUCAGAAACCGGUUUCUGACGUCGUCCUGGAUCUGGACCCGGUCUCUCGCUGUUCAGCUCUUCGUUGGCAAUGUUCUGUGAAUGUGAGUUUGGAUGAGACUGUGGGGUCAAGAGGCCGAGAAACAACAUUAUUAUUGAUUAUUAUUACAAUUAUUGAUUUAUUUGUUUACUUAAAGACGGGGUGAAAACAUGUCAGUGAACAAAGUUUGAAAAAUGUAAAUAAAAUCUCAUUAAUUUUAUUGAAUUCCUCGUUUUUUUCAUCAUGAUUUAUAUUUAAGUACAUAAGAUAAUAUUUGAGAUUAAACUAUAAACAGCUUAAAUACUCAAAUUAAACUCAUUAAAGAAAUGAAGAUAAAUCGAAAAAACUAGAAAACUGGAUUUAUCUAAAAAAUUAAAUUUUAUAAUGAAACUUUCUGUUAUUUAUUUAUUAAAGCAGGUAUUUAUAUUUAUUAAUAGGAACUAACAUUAUGACCACAUGUUAAAUAAAAAAACACAUUUUACACAAUAUUUGUUAUAUAUUAAAAUACUUUAAACUCUCAGUAAAUGCACAUGUGAUUAUUUAACUAAUUAUUUACGAUAUUUUUAUAAAAUCAUGUAAACCGAUGAUUCUGAUAAAAAAAGUCUCAUAUUAACCAAAGAUGCAUUUAGGAUCGAUGUUAUAAACGAAACCAGUUAACUAUAAAAAAUAAAACUUAAAAAUGACUGUAAAACAAGAUUAAUGUAAAAAACGUUUAUUUUAAUAAAAUUAACAGGAUGAACAACAAAAACAGAACGAAUACAGCAGAUGAACCGAGGUGAGUUUGAGUCCAGGAACCUUUUUCACACAGGGACAAAAAAAUGAUUGUUAAUGUUUCUAAACCCUUAAAAAAACCGAAAACACCAUAAAUCCAAAAUCUGUUUGUUUCAUGAGUGACAGCAGGAGCGCCAACAGAUGAGGGCGGAGUCUAAAGAUCUAAAGAUCUUCAUCGUCUCCGGUUUUCCUUCCUUCACCGACUGAUGGUCAAAGUUCACAGACUAAAGCGGAGAUGCUAAAAGGAAGUGAACUUUUAAGCUCCAUAACUUAAGGGGGGCGACGACAGGAAGUUGCCCCGCUGCCAUAAAAGCUUUAGUUGUGGGUCACGUAAAUCUGAGCCUCAAAUCCAUCUGGAAUAAAUCAGAAUAAUUCAGAAUAAUUAUUAUCUGAACACUGAAACGUCUCAUGACUCAUCGACUCAUCAUUCCUGGAAAAGUUGGUCCUGACACAAACCCAGGUUCAGGUUCAGGUUCUGGGUCCUCAGAGCGGCUCUAAACCCACCAUGUCCACCCAGACUUUGACGAACAGCGUGUCACUGUCGACAUACGAAGCGUUUUGGGGAUCCUCCAGCCUGGCGAGGGGGAUGAAGCAGGAAAAUCCGGUCGCCACGUUCACAGAUUCGGCGGCGGGACGCUGGAAGCUUUUGGAGGAGGGGUCAGGUCUGAAGCUGAGACUGCGGUGGUUCCUGGCUCCACUCUGAUCCAGCAGAGACAGAGAUACAGUCUGUCUGAAAGGCCAAGGCAGCAGAGCAUCAAAGUCCCCCUGCAUCAGGACCACGUACAGGGACAGGUGAGUUCCUCGCCCCUCCCCGUCCCCGUUCAGGUAAACCCUGGCAGCCAUUUUGUAGCCACAGCGUCCAGUGAGGAAGGGCACGCUGGUCAGGCAGGGGGGUUGUCCUUUGGCCUCGGCUUCUCUCCUCUUCCUGAAGUCGUCGAUCUUCCAGAUCAGUUUUCCGUCGUAGGACGUGGCCUCCAGCUCCUGCAGGUGCUGCUCGUUGUGGUGGAGCUGAGCGGCGUGGAGCUCCGAGAGACUCGAGUGAAGUUUCAGUUUCUCCUCCAAAGUCUCUGAGAAAGAAAGAAAGUAAAGUCAGCAUCUCUUCAAACGUGUGAAGAUGGUGGACCACAUCAUCGGACCUUCUAGACUGGCCUGAAACCGUCUCACUUUGAACCUCCUCAAGGAGCGACAGAAACAUCUCGACCUGAAUGGUUCCUCACUGAUUAGUUCUUCUCCAUUACUGGAUCAAACCGUUGAAGACAGUCAGGACAGGGUCACGCUCAGGUACUCUGAGGUUUUUGGAAAACUUCACUCACAUCUUCGCCUCCGGAGAAACGACCUUUUCUUUCUAACAUGGUUAACGUUCAGGAAAUCAUCUGAUAAGACAACAUCAUGGGCCUGAGGGUCUCAACAUCACAGAUCUGACUAACUUUGACCUCUAUGACCUCUAUGACCUCUAUGACCUCUAUGACCAUCUACGUGACGAUCCUCGGCGAGUACGCGCUGCUGAGAGUUUGACUUGGUCUUACCCAGAUGUUCCUUGAGCGCCUCAGCUGCUGAGACCUCCUGGAUCACGGCGUCCAGAGACUUCCUGAGCUGCUCCAGCUCCUCUCGACCCGAACAGAGUCCACGAGACACCUGCUGGACGUCCAGCUGCAGCGUGGACAGGAUGUCCUCCUGCCUGCUCAGAGUCCUCUGACCACAAAGACCGACCAAAGACAGAGAGGAGAACUUAUGGGGGGGUUCAGGUUUAGGAUUUAAAAACUGCAGUUCCUCUAAUGUCCACUUGAGGCUGUCUCCAAAAGUGAGUCAGUCCUCCUGCUCACCUGAGCUGCAGAGACGACGUGUUCAUGGCCGCUGCUCUGCUGCAGCAGCGGCUGGAUUUUCUUCUGCAAACCGGUCAGCAGUAAACUGUUGGCCUGGACCUCCUGCUGCCUCAACAGCGCCUCCUCUUGGAGGACCUCCACCUGUGCAAAGUGACAAUACUUGAAGGAAAGUCCUGGAGUCGGACGUCAGUGUGAAUCUGAUCUAAAAUACGAAAACCUAAAGUAAGACUGGACCGGUCUUCUUGUCUGGGUCGGUCCAGAAAGGUCAGAGUCUGCAGAUGACCGAGGUCCGAAUACGUCAAAGGAAACAGAAAAACGAUGUUCGAGUAACGAUCAACGUUCAGCGGUAACGAUCAGAAGAUGGUCGUUUGUUUUCAGUAAAAAUGAGUUUUUGUGAAACAGCUGCUGCCACCUAGUGGCAGGUGAGUAUUAUUACAAAAUACGGUUUAGUGUAAAACCUGAAAAUGACUCGAUGUGACAGUUUGUAAAACUAGAGAAACGCAAAUCUACUUUAUUCUUUAUUUCUAUGCAGCUUCAUUUAAAAAGAACAGAGCACACCUUCCUGUUUUCAUUGGCCCAUAUUCGCACAUUAGCCCCGCCCCCAACCACAGCUUUAGACCGGAUUAUGUAAGAAGUUCGUAAAACACUGAAGUUGAACAAUUUGAGUCUAAAUAUAUAUUUAAUUUCUCUUCGUAUUUCAGACACAUCUCUGAGGAUGAUCUGAUCUCCUCAGGUGUGGUCACCUGUUGCUCCAGGUGUGUGUUACUCCUCAGGACCAGCAGCAUGUGAUGGUUGACUGCCGUGUCUUCAUGCAGCUUUACCUUCUCCCUCUUAUCCUGCAGGAUGAAAACUUCCCAUCAGCCAACAGGAUAAGACCAGAACAUGGACCGAUCAGUCUUCAGGUGAACUCACCUGGACCAGGCAGCCGAACCUCCUGUAGGAACAGUCGACGUGAACCUCUGGACACGACUCUCGGUGCUCCGCCAGCUGAAAGAACACAGACUCAGACACUGUUGGUGGUUUUAUUGGAUCUGUGGGGUCAUGCACACCCCAGCUGCUGGACGUCUGAUUCUCAGAACCGCCCAGUCAGCAAACAUCAGUCCUUAUUGGACUUUGUUGACGGACAGUUACGGAUCUUUGUGUCCCCGCCUCCUCCAGGAAAAACAGCCUGAAGGACAUUAAAGCCUCGAUUCAUAGAUUCACGACCUCUGGUUCUUGAGGACGAAGGGUUUCCUGUUGUCUAUACAGAGUCUCAGCUUCGCUGUUAAUAGUCUCUCAGAUGUUGAAUGAACUGUUUGUGUUUCAUGAGGUGAAGUCUUUCCUGAACGAUCGCUGAGUUGACCUGCAGGGCCACCGUAGCUCUGUCCUCAAGAGGAGAAGAAAACUCUCAAAGUUUGUUUGUUUGUUGGACGGAGGUCAGAGCCGUCGUUUCUGAUCUAAACUCUGUCGGUCUUUAGUGACGCAGCGUCUGUCGGGUUAGUGUCUCAGUCAGUCCGUUUCCAUGACACUCGAGAAAACCGAAUUAUCGCCUUAUUCCGAUUAAGACCGGACAGCUGAAGGUCAUGUAAACACCUUAGUCCGACUUUAAUCGGAGUUUGAGAACUCUGAUUAUCAGACCAGAGCUGGAGGUCUUCAUGGAGGACUGAGUUCCUCCUGAUUUUGCUCUUUGUACCGACACUAAAGCCUGCUGACUUCUGAUUGGCCAAUUCAACACUUCCCAUCCCAAAGCUUGGUCCCACGUGUGCAGAUUCUAUAUUUUCAUGAUCUGUUCACAGAGAUGAGCUCACCUUGUGUCUAGGAACCUUCUGGGAGCAGCUGUGAGGACAGCCCACCUCCACCUGAAGACAGGAAGUCUGCAGGUGAUCCUGCAGGAUGACAGGAAGAGGACAUGGGCGGCAGGUUUAGAGGACGCUCUCUGACACAGGUUCACUUUCAUUUCCUCAAUUUACUUCUGCUUUCACCAAGAAUGACGUCUAGACCGGGUUCUUCAUGUUCACACCAAAACCAGCUUUUCAGGGAAAACCACAGACCGUCAAAAACCUGGACCUGGGCCUCUCAAAGACUGUCUCCAACCAGCUCUGGAUCAGUUUGAGAAGAAGCUCUAACACCUGUCAGUCGACUCAGUCGUGGCCCAGAUUAUGCCGAGUCAUGCUCACCUGUAAUCCUGAAUGAGCAGGUGAGUGCUGCUCCAUAAACUCACCGACACCGACCAGAACUGGAACAAACCGGUUCACUUCUGCUGUAAAGUUUCAACAUGGGGCUCCUGAGGAACCCUGACCCUAGAGGACACUCAAGGAACUGCAGUUUAUUGUUGUUCAUUCGGACCGACCUGGACCCUGCUGACAUCUGGGCCUGGAGGUCUGCUGUUGACUGAGGAGCUCAGCUGAGAGUCAGGGGAGGGCCUUACCUGAAUGAGGUUGAGUCUGAUUGGCUGCUGGCAGUGUGGGCAGGGCUCUGUGCGGUGAGGACAGGUGCUGGUCAGGUGUUCCUGCAGGUGUCUCCUCUGUGGCGCCGCCCUGCAGCCUGGAUUGGUGCACUGCAGCUGCUCGUACUGACACGAGCUGAGGUGUUCCUGCAGAGGAGGAAACAUCCACCAGGGGGCGUUAUGACAGAACAAUCGGUGUUAAAAUUAGGUGCUUUUCUGCUGCAGCAACUUUCCCCAGGAGCAAGAACCUUUGGAGGAACUCUUUGUAUUCUUAUGGCAGGAACCAGGGUCUGAAUGUAGGUCUGGGGUACUUGAUCUAGCCCUUGAAAGUCCCUGCUCAAGUGGAAGUCCUUUCAGACCUUUGUCCCUGAAGACAGUCUCGUUAAUAUUGAAGACCAGGUCCUUCAUUGACAUACAGGAGGCUGUGCUCUGGGACCAGAACCCAGCAGCUCACCGCGCCCUUUUAUUUGAAGUCUCCGCUGAUGGUUUUUAAAGGUUCACUUGGUGAUUUUCAGAGGAAUGAAGAACCUGAGGAGUGACUUUAAACUCUGAAACAGAGUCAGGUACCAUCAUCUCUUCACGCCACUGCCAAUGGCAUCAACACACUACACACACAUGGAUUGAUGGAUGAAUAAGUACCUGCAGGUGCUGCAGUGUGACCACAGAGGUGCAUGCUGGGAAAUUGGUGCAGUAAACUUCCAAACAGGAGAUUUCUCGUCUGCAGCAGUUGUCCUGGAAAACCUGCAGGAAGAAAAACUUUGAGACACGUCUGAGUUUGAGAUCCUGACGUCUUUUUCUCAGGAGUGACUGUGUUCAUAUAAAGGGGGCGGAGCUACAUGACAACAACAAUUAAUCAGCCGAGGAGGAGGCGCCCCCUCCUGGACACUAGAGAUUACGCCUGUGAGUCACCAAAAGUGCGCUUCACUUUUUCGUCUUUACCCGAAUACUGUCUGAACUCGUGACAUCGGCGCCACGCUAAGCUAACAUGUCAUUUGAAGCUGUUUCUGACCUCAGCAGGAGUGAUCACGGCGCCAUCUACUGGACAAACUGGGCUGGAGGGUGAAGAGCUCUCCCUGCGUGACAGAACAGACUGGUGUUAAAGGUGGUCUGCAGCCAUGAGAGUUGGUUUUAAGGUGGACUGAAUCAGUGUGGAGUGGACUGAUGGAGGUGGACCAAAGGUGAGUUUUUUUCUUUCCAAAUACAAACUGAUGAAAAAUGUGUCAUGUGAUGUGUGCGUCAUUCUCAGGUGGGAGAGUGUUUUAAGGUGGACCGGGUCCUACAGCAGUCCCUGGAGACAGUGGUAGCAGUAGAUGUGUCCACAGGAGUUCUGCUGGGGGUUGAGGACCACUCCUCCGCAGACAGGACAGACAAACUCCUCCUUCAGCGCCAACACAAACUUCAGGGAGCGCUGGCGAGAUGUCAGCUCAGACUCCCAGGAGCCUACAGGACCCCCAGACCUCAUCCUGGACUCCUCAGACCUCAUCAUGGACUCCUCAGACCUCAUCCUGGACUCCUCAGACCUCAUCAUGGACUCCUCAGACCUCAUCAUGGACUCCUCAGACCUCAUCAUGGACUCCUCAGACCCUCCAGGCUGUGUGUCUGCUGUUUCCAUGAGAGUCUGCACAGACCACAGAACAUAAAGCAGAGAGCGUUGACGUCUCUGACCUCAGUGUCCGAACAGUUUAAAGUCAUUUUUCUGAUCAAACUCGGAGCAGAAAAGCGUUUUUAACUACCCCUACAUUUGCCCAGUCUUAGUUAAAGGAUAUUCAAGCACCGAGUUAGACCCCCCCUCCAGAGAUGAAUGUUGUCGACCGCUUCCUUCUCUAGUCAUACCAACUUUAGUAACGACCGCAGGAUAGAAAUACAGAGAGUCACGCCCUCAACCAAAACGCCACUCUAUAGCCACAAAUAAUGCUCAGAACAGCACCUAACUUCAUCAACAGGACAAAGAGGGUCUCAUAUUUUACGGCGGAAUAUCCCUUUAAAGUGGGACUCCAGGACCUGGUCUGCUGGGUUCACUAAGCGUUGGUGAGAGAAGAUCUGAGGACACACAGUGAGAAACAUGAACAUAGAAGGACUUUUUACAAACACGCUGCUGAGGACAUAAAAAACUUUUAAGGAGUUUAAAGUUUAAAGAUUCUUCUUCUAUCGACCUUUGAAGACAAACUCUGUUACUGAUCAGCUCUUCGAUCAGUUUCGUGCUGCUCCCGGUGAUACCCCUGCACGUGGUCAUGAAUAAUAACUGAGUAAUGACUGAAUAAUAACUAAUAAAGAUGAAAGUAUGAGGCUCAGAUCAGAGUCUGCUCUCACUCACCUGCUGACAAACUUUUCUGUUCCCGCUCAAGUUUUUACUUUCACUUUCUCCUCAGACACAUGGACGAGCACCGAGGUCCGAGAGGAGCUUCAUCAGAGUCAUCUUUGAUUUCCAACUGUUAGUCCCGCAGAUCCAGACUGCUCUCUCUCUCAUUUAUCGAUCUGAUCUGUGAUUAUUGGCUGUGUGUGUGUGUGUGUGUGUGUGUGUGUGUGUGUGUGUGUGUGUGUGUGUGUGUGUGUGUGUGUGUGUGUGUGUGUGUGUGUGUGUCGGUACAUCAGCGGCAGUAACUCAGGAAAUAAUGACACCAGGAAGUGACUCAGCUCCUCCAACCACCUGCUGCAGAGCAACAAGCUCCGAGAGACCUUACCUCUAUCAUUAUUAUUAUUAUUAUUGUUAUUGUUAUUGUUAUUGUUAUUGUUAUUAUUAUUAUUACUAUUAUUAUUAUUAUUAUUAUUAUUAUUAUUAGUAGUAGUAGUAGUAGUAGUAGUAGUAGUAUUGUUGUUGUUGUAAUUUACACAAGUUCAGGUAUUUACAGGACUGCAGUUAUAUCAUACUCUACAGUUUCACCAGGAAAACCCUCAACAGGAAGAUCCAAAAAUAUCAGGAUGAACAAAGUACCAGAGAAUAAAUAAUUAUCUUCAUUAUUCAAUCGAUAAUUAAAUGUGUUUUACAGCUGAAACAGAGGGGCUUAUUACCAGGAUUUAACGGACUAAUAAACUCUACAUUACCUGUGAAGAAGGUGUGACCGUAAAAUCUGAAGGUGUCUCCGUGUCCCUGAUCCAGAAUUUAGAAAAACCGAGACGGAUAUUUACGAGUGAAGCCGAACAUUUACGAGUGAAGCCGAACAUUUACCAGACUCUAGAUAUUCACAUGAUUUUAUUUUUAAACCAAAUUUUUAGUUUUUCCACAUGUUUACUUUUAGUUUUGCCAUAAUUUUUUGUUUCAGAUAUAUAAAAUAUUUUUUAGAGAAAAAAGGUAAACAAGUUAAAAAGACGUGAAUUCCUGCCGUGUUUCUGUGAGAAGGCAGGUGUUUAAAAAGGCAGAUUUUUUUCCUAAUAAUUGUUCAUUCGUUUUCUUUUCGUGUCAGGAACUUAUCUGUUCGGUUCUGUUUCAUUUAUAAAGUUAAAUUAUUGUUUUUACGGAGUUUUAUUUCUGUCUGUUUUUGUCCGGCUGAAUAAAGUUUCGUUGAAUGUGACGUCACGCGCUGUGCCAUGACGGAAGGACAGAGUGGCGGGAAGAAGCUAACAGGUGUGGUGCCGUAAAAUGGACCCCUAAACCCCCCGGACAGCCCCCCAAAAGAGGACGUGUCCGGGUAAAAGAGGACGUGUCCGGGUAAAAGAGGACGUGUCCGGGUAGAAGAGGACGUAUGGUCACACUAACAUAUGUACCGUCACCGCCGCGCUGAGGCGGGGCAGCAGCGGCUGAGGAGGAGGCGGUGUUCAACAGGUGUUGUGUCGUAGAAUGGACCCCUGACAGAGCGCGGUUUAAAGUCCAUAAUAGGGCGAAAUAAUCCAGUUUUCUUUACCGUUGGGUGGAUUCUAAAGCGUGUGCCUUUAAUGAUUUAAUUUAUUCAGAUAAGCCGAAAACAACAGUCCUCUGGUUCUGAGUAUUUACUGUCCUGGAAGUAUAAUCUCCACGGCGGGGGUCCAUUCUACAGCACAACACCGGAACCGUUCAGGUGGUCAUCUUCACCUGCUCGUUAUUCAGGUAUGUUAAAGUAAUUCGACAGAGUUUUGACUGAUAUAUCUGUAUCCUUGAGUCGUAGUUUCAGGGAAUACGAAGGUUCUGUUGACUUUGUCAGAACCAGCAGAACCCUGAAGAUGAGAGAAGAGCCGAACUUUUGGAGGACUCACAGAUCCAUGUUUGGUGCUGUGGAUAUUUCAGCCUGUUGACCUGCUGCAGGAUUCAUUAAAAGUGUGAGUAACCUCUGACUGAAUGACCUCUCAGGCCAGGUUAUGAACUUCCUGUUUUCAUUGACAUGAUCAACAUAACCAUGAGGUUACUGUAAAAACAGACACCAGCAGCUUCACUUUAACAUCGAUAUUUAAUCUGCUAAAACUCAAAAGACUCCACGAGUGACUCCAGGAUUCAGUGACAUUUAAUGUUUGUCCAAAAAAAAGGAUUAAGAGCACUUUCACAAUCAUUUUACACCCAGUCCAACAUGUUAGCACCGGGAAGAAGAAUAAAUAAUGAUGAGGCAGACGGACGGCACACCUGACCCUCAGAGUCAGACGCUCAUGUUGAUGAGGAUGAUGAAGGUUCUUAGUUUGACUAGACAACAGAACAACCCGAAGAAAUGUUAAGGACACAAAAAUGAGAAUUUCACACAAACUGCAAGAUGUCUGAGAGUUUAACUUUUAGAGUCUAAAAUCAGUGAUCGAAUGAAAAAGUGCAGCUGCUGAUAGCUAAUGGGUUAGCCACAGCUAAAGGACAACAAAUACAGGUACCAAACUGUACACAUAGACAUCUACUGCUACUGUACACAACACUGAGGCCUUCAGCUUCAUCGCCAUCUACUACAAUAAAACACCAUGCCAGAUAUUGACCUCUUCUUAGGAAUACACCGCCAUGCUGGGUGAAAAAUAAAGUGAUCUGUUCAAGAUAUGAAAAGAAAGAAGUAUGUUGAAAUCCUCUCUGCCAGUUUAGACUCAAACCAACAAGUCGUACUGUGUGUUUUCAGAGUCUAAUAUGUUAAUCAAAUUCAGAAACUCUCUCCAGCAACAACAGCUGUAUUUUUCCUCUGUGAGUUUGACGAACAAAACCUAAACCAGCAGCUGUUGGACUAAAGAAAACAAAGUUCCUGGAGACUCAGAGACACGAGGCCGGACAACACCCGUCUUUGGUUUGAGUCUAAACAGAAUAAAAAGAACAACCAACAAUAUAUUCUUGAACCCAGAACAGUACAGAGAACUUUUUUUCAUUGUUUGAGUUACAGCUUUUGGAUUGAAUACAACAAACAUAGGGAGCCAAAAGUGGCAUCACUGACCUGAGAGCCUUUAGCACCCCCUACAGGUGAAGUGUUUACAUCCAGGGCCCAGAAUACUUCACAAAGAUUUUAAAGGGGUUAAAAGUUUUAAAUUACACAGAUUAGAAGUUUACCUCUUUUCUUGCUUUUGAACCGCCAUGUUUUAGGUAUUCAGCUAUUUUCAGACCAGACAGAAAAAUAUCCUUCAACUCUUUGAAGUCUUUUCAAGAAUUUAAAACAGACUAAAUCGAGCAGGGACCGUAAACCAAUCAAGCUUUAGAUACUCACUGGGCUCCUAGUCAGAGUGACUAAAUCUCCGACAAAUUAAGGAUAUGUUUCUGUAUGAAUUUAUGUUUGUGGUUAAUGUGGGUUUGUCACAACCUGAUGAAAAACAAAAGGGAUCCAGUAUUGAACCCUGAGAGACGCCAUGUGUCUGAAGGGGAUUAAGAAAAGAUCGAAGGCUCUUGCUCAAAACAGCCGAACAACCUCGACUGUAAACUCACCCAGCAGGCACAAAGCAUGACAGUUUGGAGGGGAAGACGAACUUUAACCCCCCCGCCCCCACACACACACUGUUCACUGUCUUUCUUGGAUGUUGUAGAAUGUAAACAUGUCACCUCCAUGUUCAGGUGCGGUAACAGAAAGAGCUGAUUGGAUGUAGUGAAAACACAGUCGUCGUGUUGAGGAAUAAAGUCAAACAGAUUUCCGCAGCAGAGAGCUUUCGUUGUUGAGAGUUCAUUAGUGGAGAGAAGAGGAAGAGGCCGUCUCUGAUUGGUGUCCAGCCAGGCUUGGUUGCUGCUGCUGGGAGGAGCUUGGCCCUGAUCCUCCAGAGUUACCACAGAGGGUCAUAGGAGCUGAAGGGCGGGGGUUAAGGCGGGGAGGAAGGGGGUUGGAUGGGCGGAUGAGAGGCGGAGGCUGCUGCAGGGUGGGGCGAGGCUGCAGGAAGCGGGCCUGCUGUUGGAGCGGCGGAGGCUGGCGAUGCAAAGAGGGGGUGGCAGGGAGGGAGGGACGCAAGAGAGGAGGGGGCUGAUGGAGGGAGGAGGAUGAGGAGGAGGAGGAAGAGCUGGAUGUCACUGGUAUCUGAGCUGAAGAGGAAGUGGAGGCAGCAGGAGACGCACCAGAUGAGGUCACCUGACCCUGCAGAGAAAAGAGGGCGGAGUCAUUACCACCUCAUAGUGGAAUGGGAAUGGAAUAUCUUCAGCAUGUUUACGCUUCAGUCAGACUCAAACUGGCCUUCGUGUUCUUCGAUUAAAAAAAAUCGUGAUAAUUAUCGAGAUCGAACGAUAUGACAAAAUAUAUUGUUAACAUUUUUUUGCCAGAUCGCCCAGGCCCAUGUAGAUGCUCUCUGCAUGAGGAGACCAGCCGUCUACUUUCACGUGACUUUGAUGGUAACGAAACAAAAACAAAGAAAUCUCAAGCUCAUCUAGUAAACAAACACAAACACGACCCCUCUUUCCACUUCACCGUCUCACCUCUUCGUCCUCUUCGUCAGUGCUCUUCCCCGACGGAGUGGUGGAGCUGUUCUUCCCCUCCUCUCCAGAGGUGGCACUGUCUCCGUUGGGGGCUCGCGUCCCCUGCUCCGCCUCCCACUCCUGCAGUACUUCAUCCAGGUUGAACCGUCUUCGGUAGUUUACGAAGAAGUUCUUCACCUGGCCCACCGUCUUGUUCCCGAUGACGUCAGCGAUGGCCUGGAAGUCUUUCCCAUAUUUCCUCACACCUGAAGAACAUCAGAGAUGAAUUUUAAUAAAUAAACACACAGAAGAAGAAGUCAUGUGGGACCCUGACAGACGGUCUUAUCUUGAGUUUCAAGUUUCAAGUAAGAUUGAUGAUAUCUGGAGCUCACCUUGAACGGCCAGCAGCUGUUCGUCUGUGGUCCAGCGGGCGUUCACCUUCUGGUUACUCUAUGGAGACAAAGAGUUUACAGAGCUUCAGUGUAUUACUGAAACGUGUUUGGGUGGUGGUUGCUGUUUUUGUUGUUUUGGAGCAGUCUGUAACACCUCAGGCAUUCUGAACUCUUCAAUCCCAGACUCCAGGAUGUGCUUCAGUCCGCUGUUCAUCUGUUUGGCAUUCUGCACCUGAAGAUCCAAACACAAACUCAAUUAACUGUGAACUCAUAAUCUCUGAUUUGAUUAAAAAAAAAAGCCAAAGUUUCUGGGCAGGUGUCCUGCUCACUAAUGGUCGUUUCCCAGAAUACUACCUGCUGUUCAGGCUGCUGCUGCGGUGACGGCGAUUCAGGUCUCAGAUGUUAUUUCUGGGGUAAUAGUUUAUUAUUGCUGUUACUUUGUUUAUCGUCUAUUAUCAAGUACAUUAGUUUGAAGAAUGAUGAAACUUUUGCUUCAGUUUUCUUCAAUGUUCUCAUUUUUACAUCUGUGAAAUGACUCUUCAUCUAUUUAAUGGGAGUGUCUCCCAGAAUAAGAUCGCACUGAGACGGGUCGGUCACAGUUCUCCAGAGGGAUCUCUCUCCUCCUCCUUGUUAUAUUUUCAGAUGGCGUAGUGAGAAACGUGUCCAGUGAAGCAAAGUAACAUUCAGUUUUGGUGCCGGUUGUGGUUGCCAUUGUUUCCAUCUGAGCAUGAGUGAAGGUGAGGCGAGCUCACGCCUACAGAGCUUCACAGUUGACUUGAUUACCCCGGGGACUCAUUUUUGCUGUUCCAGCCCAACUUGUUGUGCUCUUCCAUCCGCUCACCUCCACUUCUUUUUGAAAUUUAACUUGUAGAUGGGUAGGAAAAAAUCUGGAGGAAGCCAGAGAGGAACUUUGGCCAAAUCAGGUGUCUUACUUUGACACAUAACAAACACUGAAAAUUCAGGAGGUUUUUCAGGUGUGUGUGACCACGGUUUGAGUGACUUUAUGGACACUGAAGGGUGAACAAAAGAUUCAAUCUUCAUUCUGGCGAUUAGAAGUCCGAUUGCAUGGUGUUUAUUUAUGUUUACUGAAACUUCAUUUUCCUUUUCUUCUGCUUCACUUUUCUUGGUUCCUCUCUGUGAUGAAACAAGAAGACAAGAGAAAAGUGUCGUGACCUCUCACCUGUCUCUUCAGGGACACCAGCUCCAUGUCCAGCUGACGGAGGAGGGUGUUAGCGGCGGAGGAGCUGCAG